CACUAGGGAUAGUUUCUCUCACACAUCGCCUGGACAGAGUAACACCAUCCUGCGGCGUGUUUGGCUGUGUUUUGCUGUGUUUUGCUGUGUUUUGCUUUCCGUAUAAAUAUUGCUGGACGAAAUGAACAUCCUCCGAACAUGUUUACGCUUCCCAGGAACGACUAUUUUAUGUCGGAGCAAUGGUGCAGCUUCCAGUUGCAGUAAACUGCAGAAUGUCAGCUCCUUGUUCUCAUCAUGGAUGGGUGGUGAGCAGGGAACACUAAUCUCUAAGACAAAGGGAAGUGAGGUCUUUCAGUCACCACCGUGGCAUUACCAACAGGUCCGCACUGGGAAAAGAGGCACCGAGUAUCAGCCAAACAACAUCAAGCGAAAGAGGACUCAUGGGUGGAUUAAACGGAUCAGCACGCAGGGUGGCAUCGAGGUGAUUCUACGUCGAAUGCUUAAAGGAAGAAAAUCACUGACACACUGAAUCACACUGAGAUUUGAGCUGACUAAAAGGAUUGGUGUAGUUUUGCAAAACUCAACCAUUUAUUGUUUGUAAGUUGAUCUGAAUAAAGAGCUAAAUAAGAACUUUUUUGAGUUGUGAUGCUCAAAUGUUUUGAGUCUUCAUCAGCAAUUCUCUCUGGAUUAUGAGGUUACAUGAAAGCAUCUUUUUAUAAUGGCACACGUCUUUCAAGCAUCUCUUUCUUUUCUUGACUGGAAGCUUCAAUGACCUUAUCUUCCUCUCCAUCUGCCAUGGAAACUGCUUGAGAAAUACUGUAUAAAAUUAUACCACUCUAACAAAUCCACCAAGGAAUGGCUCAAAAAGAAGAAAUGGAGGGUUAUGGAAUGGCCUAGUCAAAGCCCGGAUUUGAAUACCUUUGAGAAGUUGUGGGGGGAUUUGAAAGGGGCAGUACAUGCAAGAAAACCCUCAAACAUCUUGUAACUGAAAGAAUAUUGAAUGGUGGACAAAAAUUUCAGCAAGCCUUUUGGACAAUUAUGCAAAACACCUAUGAGAAUUUAUUUCUGGUAAACGGGGCAAUACUAGCUUCUGAAGCCAAGGGUGUGCUUACUUUUCCACAGAAGAUGAUCACAUCUAUUGAUACUUCUGUUGAAUAAAUGAUUGAAAAUG